AUGCUUCGGUCAUUCACGAGUCGCAUGGUCGGCGCCGCCCAGCGCACUAACUCGGCUGUCGCCACCUCGGCUGUUCGCCUCUUCUCUGCCACAUCUACCGCCUCCCAAGUAGCAACACCAACAUCAUCUACAGCAUCACCAUCAACAUCUUCCUCUUCCGACUCAGAAAUCUCCCUCCUCCGCAACCAACUCAAAUACUACGCCGUGGCUGAGAUCAAGAACCGCCCUUACCUCAUUACAAAGAACGACAUCAUCGUCCUCGACCGUCUCAAGGACGUCCAACUCGGCGAUGUCAUCGAACUCAACCAAAUCAAGGAGCUCGGUUCAAAGGAUUACGCGAUCCAGGGAGCGCCCUAUGUCUCGUCCGAGUAUUAUUCGAUCAAGGCCACAGUGAUUGAACAGCCCAAGGGCAAGAUUGUCGAGACUUUCAAGAAGAAGAGGAGAAAGCAUUUCCAGAGACGGUACCAUAUCAAGCCUUUGCAUACUCUUCUUCGUGUCAGCGAGUUGGAGGUCAAGGCUUAA